CAACGACAGACGAGAUGCAUCUCCCGCAUUCAAAGAAAUACGGUAUAACCGGUCCGCUAUCCGUCAAGGAGUCACCAGAGGAUGACAUCGCCCGCUCAUCCUCUCUUCAAGCAUUUUUGCUUUCCUCAAAAAUAUACGAAACGAACGAGGAAGCAAUAACACGAGAAAGAGUGUUGGGCAGGCUGAGCUAUAUGUUUGAUAACUUUAUAAAGGCGAUCGGGACGAAAAAGGGGCUCACUGACAGCGAUAUCAAGGCAGCGAGCGGCCGUAUCUACACCUUCGGCAGUUACAGGCUCGGUGUGCACGCACGAGGAUCUGAUAUUGAUACGCUUUGUGUUGCGCCCGUGUAUGUGGACAGAAAAGAGUUUUUUGAAGAGUUUUACAGCAUGCUGAGUGACGUGUUCGCAGAGGUUGAGAAGGUUGAAGACGCGUACGUGCCGCUUAUGCAGCUGGUGUACAGGGAGCAUAGGAUUGAUGAGUGCGAAGGAUGCGGUGCUAUGAGCGGUGAUGGUAAUAAAAUGGAUAUUUCGAACACUGCUGUUGAUAAAAUCGGGUCUCCGCACUCAUGUGAUGAACUUCAGGGCUACAAGAGGCUGCGUACGAAUAAUGAACGGAUUGUGGAUGUACAUCCGGGGAGUAGCGAGAAAAAAGAAGAUGGCGGCGAUGAAGUGUCAAGCCAGACGCACAGCAGUGAGCACACCGUAGGUUUGCGGGUGGUGCCUGCAAACAACGGAGUGCUGAAGGAUGUUUUUGGCGAGCAGCAAGCGAAAACAUCAGAACGAUCGAAGCACAACGAGAAAACUGACAAGGAAGACGAGUCUGCACAUAAUAGAGAAAGCAAGACUAGGAAAGAACUGAACAGCAUAGCUGAUGAGCAGCUAGAUACACAGCAAGAGAACAGAGCUACGAUUACACACGGUACCAGCACAGGUUUAAAUAAAGAGAUGAUAGAAAUAAAAAUUGACUUGGUGUUCGCUCGUCUUAACGUCUUCAAGAUCGAUAGCUCGCUCAACCUUCUGGAUUCGUCCCUGCUCAAGAAUUUGGACGAAAAGAGUGUUCUCUCGCUGAACGGUAACCGAGUGACCGAUGAGAUAUUAUCGCUCGUUCCGAACAAAAAGGUAUUCCAUGGCGCUCUGCGAUGCAUCAAAUACUGGGCGAAAAGACGAGGACUGACCGGUCAUCUGUACGGAUACUUUGGUGGUGUUGCGUAUGCAAUAUCGGUAGCGCGGAUCUGCCAGCUCUUUCCGAACAUGUGUGAAUACACGAUGAUCUGCAAAUACUUCGAACUGUACAAGGAGUGGAAAUGGCCCACACCGGUGAUGCUGAAAAAGAUCGAAAAUUUGAACUACAAUCUGAAAGUAUGGGAUCCCAAGAUACAUCCAAGCGAUAAGUUCCACAAAAUGCCGGUCAUUACGCCAUCAUAUCCUUCCAUGUGCUCAACGCACAACAUCAUCAAUUCAACCAUGAAGAGAUACAAGGAGGAACUGGAGAGGGGACACAGGCUAUUGGCCGAGGGAAAGGAAUGGAAGGAAUUUUUUAGGAGCACCGAUUUUUUCCAGAGGUACAAGAGUUUUCUGGCUGUGUUCAUUCUUUUGAAGAGGAAGAGGGCUGGCGAUGCUAUCUGCGGUGCGAAUACAAAAGAUGGUGCAAGCAGAAGAUUUGUGAACGAAAAGGAGCAAAAAAGUGGUAUGCAAACCAGCAACACCAAUGUUGCAGGUGUUAGGGAUGAUGAGAGCGCCAAAGAGGCAAGUUUACAUAAAAUGUGGCAGGGACACGUUAAUUCACGUAUACGUUUUCUUAGCACGAAAUUAGAAACUGUGGAGCAGCUGGACUCAGCACCUCCCUUUCCUCAAACAUUUGAUAUUUGCGAUUUUUCGGUUUGUCAUCGCCUGGAUUUCAUCCCAAAGAAUUCGCUGUGUUCAGUAACGUUUAUUGCCCUGGAUAUGGCUGAUUCUAAACAACUGCUGCGCAAAAAGAUCUUUAUCGAUGCGCCCAUUGAGGAGUUCAAGGAGAUGGUGUUUGAUUGGGACAGGCGAACAGAAGAUAUGGAUCUGGUUAUGAGAGCGAUGAAAAGGAAGGAUGUCAAUGUGUUAUUAAAAGAUUUACAUGAUUUUGAACAGAAGAAUAAAUGUGGUAAAUAAAACAGGG